UAGCAUUCGAGCAGCUGAUACUGCACCUGCAUAAGUGGGCCAUAUUUUUAUUCCAGUAAUUAUUUUAAUUUGCUAGUUUGGAAGCAAUACCAUGUUUGCACUCUGUUUUAGUUGGGGAAAAAAAUGUCAGAUUAUGUUCCAUUUCUCAUGCAGUACACAGUCAGCCAUGGUUUUCUAUAUUUUCACAUUUCCUGCAAUUUUUCAUCUCAACACGGGGAAAGGAACCCUAAGGUCAUUGUAUAAACAUAGUUGAAAUUUUACAUUUAUGUAAAAAUAUAAGGUAAGUAUAUGUUUAACGUUAACGCUGAAGAAACAAACACCGGGUUAUACACAAAAUUGUAACAAAGAUUUAAUCUGCAAUCCUUUUUGCAUCAGAUUUUGAUUUUGAUUUUGUUCUCUGAGUCGGGUUGAGGAGGGAGGUGGGGUGGGGCCCCUCAGAGAGGCCCCUGUCCUGGUUAAACCGAGGGAGCCUCACCUUUCAGCCGAGAUGUGUCCCCACCAAGGCCUGGACACUUGGCAGCCCUGUUUUCACAGGGUCUUUGCCCCCAGACUGGUGGCGCUGGUGCUCACAAGGCAGCUCUAGGGCCGGGGAUACAGCUCAGUGGUUCUGCCCCCUGCCCUCAAGCACAGGGUCCCGAGUUGAAUCCCUGGUACCAAAAAAACAAAAACAAAAGGCAGCUCUAGGCCGUCACUGUUUCAUGUGCCUCUUGUAAAGAUUUUUAUUUUAUUUGCUCAACAACAAAAACACACUCAAGGCCAAGUGUUAGAAAUGCACAGAGAUAGUUGGGCCUCUGAUGUUCUCAGAUUUGCUUUAAUUUUCUGCCCUUGAGAAGAGACCAGGUCUCUAGUGCUCCGGCCAGAGCAGGAAUUUCUAACCCGCAGAUGGGGCUUCACCUGGGAUGGAGGCCUAACCGGUAAUUAGGGCCCAGCCCAGGCCUCUGAGUCAGGCGCCCUGUGGUGGGGGGCAGCUAUCUGCUUGCACAGGGUGCGGCUGUGGCCUGCUGAAUUGAAAAAUGCUGGUUCAGGACACCGAGCUGCCGGUGUCCCCGGUCCCUUGGCGUCAGGGACCUGCCCGGAGGAGCCAAGCCCGUGGAGCACCGUGCGGAGGACACCUGCUGCCCCACCAGAGUCACCAGGCAGUAGCUCAGGCCGUGGGAAGGGUCAAUCGGCACAGUGGUGGGGAUGUUGUUGGGCGCUGCACUGGGAGCUGGGCGCGGUGCUCUCUCCAGUCCAUUUGUGCAGGCAGCACCUCGUGGUUCUCAGGGACACAGCGGAGCCCCAGGCUGCUCACCGCCCCACAUGAUGACUCCCAGAAUAAGGGCCCCUCUUCCCGAGGCCCAGGCUGUGCAGCCCGGCCCCUGCGUCCGUCAGGAUCGUCCUGGGCCCAGUGCCCCCGGUGCUCACGCGUGUGCUGCGCCUUUACCUUCCUUUGCGGUGCUGCCUGCCCUAGCCGCGUCCCUAUGCCCAGCCGGUGCUGCAUUUCUAAAUGCACCCAUGCCACUGGCCACAGCGCUGCUCACAGGCCUCGCACCCCAAGCUAGGAGCUCAGUGCUCCUCCCUUCAGUCUCCCUUGCUGCCUCCCAGGGGCCCUGUAUUGUUCUAGUGUCCUUGUGAUUCCCAAGUAGGUGCCCUGUUGUGGCCCUAGCAAGAAAUUCUGAGUAAAGACCACGCGUGGGCCCCUGAAGGGAAAUGCUUAUUUAAACUACUCGUGCUUAGCAGGAAGGAGGCCUGAGGUUCAGUCCCCACACCAGAAUAGAUAAGAAAAUGAGCUCCUGAUUUUCUAGGAUAAAGCCGUAAAAAUAAGAGGAGACACAGAUGACACAUAACUUCCCAACCCCGCGUUAGGGGUGCAGGGAUUUCUGAGCCUGCAUAGUAAAUUCCAGGUCUUGUGGCCAGGCUGGCCUCCUGCUGUCCAGUCUUGGGGGCUCUGGGAGAUGAGGCCCAGGCAGGCUUUGAUUUUCCUACUCGGUCCCAGCCUCUAAGCUGCACAGAAGUCCCUGGCAGUCUUGCCUGUCCUUGCCGCUGCCCAACAGCGUGACCUGAGCCCAGGCCUCACAGAGGGGCACACGUGUGUGCAAGUGCAUGUGUAAACAGUGCAAGACGUGAGCACACUCGGGACCCUCAGUGUCGAAAACUUAUAUAAGAGUUUUUCAUGAGAAUUUCUUCAUGCCUGAAAUUGUAAUGUUUGCAAACGGCCUUACACACUAUCAGCUUUAAACUUCUGGUCUUUUUACACUUCGGUGAAUGCAAUCAAUAACCUACAGCAACAAGCGAGCAGGAAAUGGGUAAAUGGGACACGACUCUGUCCCUAGGCCUGGGCUUGUGAUCAGCAGGGGAAAAGCAAACGGGUACUGUGUAUUCUUAUGAUCUAGCUGACUGCAGAUUCAGCACGGCCUGUCUUAUCUGGAGCAUUUAUGAUGACUUGUUAAUGAUUGACCUUUUCUCAGUCUUCUUGCUUAUGAAGAGCUGUAAGAGCCGGAGAGAUUUCUCUGCACCUUUUCCAUAAGCACCAUGACAUAUGAGAGCAUAAAGAAGACUGGAAAAGUAAUGGUUAAUGGCAUGCAGACCCCGCCUUCCUUUCCUUCUGAGUUUCCAUCCAUCUGCUUUCUUUCUUUUCUUUCCCAUCUGCCAUGUCCCUCGUUCGGGUGCACACCAUGUGCGGGUGGUGAGUGGUCCCCUCUCGGCGUGGGUGCAGAUGGCGGAUCCAGACCUGUUGGAAGAGUCCUCGUCGCUCCUGGAGCCCAGCGAGAUGGGGAGAGGCGCCCCGCUGCGGCUGGGCUUCGUGGCUGGUGUGAUUAACCGAGAGCGCAUCCCUACCUUUGAACGUAUGCUGUGGCGUGUGUGCCGAGGGAACGUGUUCCUGCGACAGGCUGCGAUCGACAGCCCCCUGGAGGACCCCGUGACUGGUGACCAUGUGCACAAGUCGGUGUUCAUCAUUUUCUUCCAAGGCGAUCAGCUGAAGAACAGAGUGAAGAAGAUCUGUGAGGGGUUCCGGGCCUCACUCUACCCCUGUCCCGAGACGCCGCAGGAGAGGAAGGAGAUGGCUUCUGGAGUCAACACCAGGAUCGAUGACCUGCAGCUGGUUCUGAACCAAACUGAGGAUCACCGCCAGCGGGUCCUGCAGGCAGCCGCCAAGAACAUCCGGGUGUGGUUCAUCAAGGUGCGCAAGAUGAAGGCCAUCUACCACACGCUGAACCUCUGCAACAUUGACGUCACCCAGAAGUGCCUGAUCGCCGAGGUCUGGUGCCCCGUCACUGACCUGGACUCCAUCCAGUUUGCGCUGCGGAGGGGCACGGAGCACAGCGGCUCCACCGUGCCGUCCAUCCUGAACAGAAUGCAGACAAACCAGACGCCACCGACCUACAACAAGACCAACAAGUUCACUUCUGGCUUCCAGAACAUCGUGGACGCCUAUGGGAUCGGGACCUACCGGGAGAUCAACCCAGCUCCCUACACCAUCAUCACCUUCCCGUUCCUGUUCGCCGUGAUGUUUGGGGACUUCGGCCAUGGCAUCCUGAUGACCCUCUUUGCUGUGUGGAUGGUGUUAAGGGAGAGUCGUAUCCUCUCGCAGAAGAAUGAGAACGAGAUGUUCAGCACUGUGUUCAGCGGCCGCUACAUCAUCCUGCUGAUGGGCGUCUUUUCCACCUACACCGGCCUCAUCUACAACGACUGCUUCUCCAAGUCCCUGAACAUCUUCGGCUCGUCCUGGAGUGUGCGGCCAAUGUUCACUGUCUACAACUGGACGGAGGAGACACUCCGGGGGAACCCUGUGCUGCAGCUGAACCCAGCCGUGCCUGGCGUCUUUGGUGGCCCGUACCCUUUCGGCAUCGAUCCGAUCUGGAACAUUGCCACCAACAAGUUGAGCUUCCUCAACUCCUUCAAGAUGAAGAUGUCGGUGACCCUGGGGAUUGUCCACAUGCUGUUCGGCGUCAGCUUGAGCCUCUUCAACCAUGUCUACUUCAAGAAGCCCCUGAAUAUCUACCUCGGGUUCAUCCCCGAGAUCAUCUUCAUGGCCUCUCUGUUCGGCUACCUGGUCAUUCUCAUCUUCUACAAGUGGACGGCCUACAGCGCGUACACAUCGGAGACCGCGCCCAGCCUCCUGAUCCACUUCAUCAACAUGUUCCUCUUCUCCUACCCCGAGUCGGGCGGCGCCAUGCUGUACUCCGGGCAGAAGGGGAUCCAGUGCUUCCUGGUGGUCGUCGCGCUGCUGUGUGUGCCCUGGAUGCUGCUGCUGAAGCCCCUGGUCCUGCGCCGCCAGUACCUGAGGCGGAAGCACUUGGAAGGGCAGCCCGAGGAGGAGGCCCCAGUGAGCCCGGCCCUGAGCCAGCAGGGACUCGAGGCGGCAGCGGCUGCUCCCGGAACUCUCAGCUUUGGUGGGAUCAGGGUGGGCAACGGACCGACAGAGGAGGAUGCUGAGAUUAUUCAGCACGACCAGCUCUCCACCCACUCGGAGGAUGCGGAAGAGCCUUCCGAGGAUGAAGCGUUUGACUUCGGGGACACCAUGGUCCACCAGGCCAUCCACACCAUCGAGUACUGCCUGGGCUGCAUCUCCAACACUGCCUCCUACCUGCGGCUCUGGGCGCUCAGUCUGGCCCAUGCACAGCUCUCCGAGGUGCUGUGGACGAUGGUCAUCCACAUCGGCCUGAGCGUGAAGAGCCUCGCGGGCGGCCUGGUGCUCUUCUUCAUCUUUGCCGCCUUCGCCACACUCACCGUGGCCAUCCUGCUGAUUAUGGAGGGGCUGUCAGCCUUCCUGCAUGCCCUGCGGCUGCACUGGGUCGAGUUCCAGAAUAAAUUCUACAGCGGGACUGGCUUCAAGUUCCUGCCCUUCUCUUUCGAGCACAUCCGGGAAGGGAAGCUGGACGAGUGAGCCCCAGAUGGUGUCCCCUGCCGGCUCCUCGCCCGCCCCUCGUCGUGCCCCUGUGUCUGUGACCGUACUCUGCCGUGUCCCGCGUGGACGAGCCCGCCUGCUGCUGCCCGGGUGUGUCCAGCAGGAGGCCCUCCCAGUUCAGCUGCUGCCGCCUCUGCCAUGGGGAUCCGCCCGCCCCCGUCCCUACCCUGCUCAAUAAACUGUGUGGACCCCGGGCCGCCCCACCGCCGCCGGCAGAAUCUCACCCUGUCCUCCUUUGCUGUGGCCUUGGCACUGGAUGGCGGGGGGUGGGGGGAGGCUUUUCACUUGCUGCUCCUCUCCCCCUCCGCACAGUGCCCAGGGCCAGGGCACCUCCCUCUGCACGCCCAGCCGCUUCCCAGCUGGGCUAUUUUGAGCCUUGGUGCCCUUGGCCCAGGGCGGCAGCUCGGACACUGGGCGGGGCCCUGUCCACACUCACAAGGGCUCCGGGAGCCUCUGCCCACGCCGCGGGACAAUGAGACCUCCAGGGCUGCCUGGUUUCAGCAGAGGGCGCAGAGCUGUAGGGAGAGGGCGCCUCCACGGAGGGACCAAGAGGCAAAUCCGAGAGGAGUCAGGGCCCCAGAUGCGAGCGGCAGCAGAAGAGGGAAAGUGUGGUUGCGCCUGACUCUGACAAAGCUCAGAAUUUGGACCCUGGAGAUGGCUCGGGGGCAGAGGUGUUCAGAUCUGAUAUUGGGCUGAAUAGUGAUGGCUUUUUUAUGACCUGCAGAGGAUUUGAACGGGUAUUUCUCCACAUAAGUUACACGAGUGGCCAGGAAACCGUGGAAAGAUGCUCAAGUCGUUAGUCAUUAAAAAAGUGCAGAUUUGAGUCCAGCGUGGUGGUGCACACCUGUCAUCCUACCACUCAGGAGGCUGAGGCAGGAGGUUUGCCUCGAGUUCGAGUUCGAGGCCUGCCUAGGCUAUAUAGUUCGUUCAAGGCCAGCCAGCUAAACAGGUGACCCUGUCUCAAAAACAAAGACAAAAUGCAAAUCAAAA